UCUUUCCCCCUCCGAUUUCUACAGUUUUCGAUCUAAAUUAUUGGUCGUCUCUCUCGUCGUCGCCGGUCUUUGCCUCGCUCGGAUCGAUCGCUCUCCCCAUCCACCGCCCGGUCUUUUACUUGCAGAAUUAGGGUUUUGGAGGUGGAGACUGGGGCAACACUAUGUCAUCUCUCAGUAGAGAGCUUGUGUUUCUGAUCCUGCAGUUUCUCGAUGAGGAGAAGUUCAAAGAAACAGUUCACAAGCUUGAACAGGAGUCUGGCUUCUAUUUUAAUAUGAAGUAUUUUGAGGAUGAGGUGCAUAAUGGGAAUUGGGAUAACGUGGAGCGUUACCUCUCUGGCUUCACCAAGGUUGAUGACAACCGGUAUUCGAUGAAGAUAUUCUUUGAAAUACGGAAGCAGAAGUAUCUUGAAGCGUUGGACAAGCAUGACCGAUCAAAGGCAGUUGAAAUCCUUGUGAAGGAUUUGAAGGUCUUUGCCUCAUUUAACGAGGAGCUAUUUAAGGAAAUCACACAACUUUUAACUUUGGAGAAUUUCAGGGAAAAUGAGCAACUUUCCAAAUAUGGGGACACAAAAUCAGCACGGACAAUAAUGCUUGUUGAGCUUAAGAAGCUGAUUGAAGCAAACCCCCUAUUCAGAGAUAAACUUCAGUUUCCAAACCUAAAAAGUUCUAGAUUGCGCACCCUAAUCAACCAGAGUUUGAACUGGCAGCACCAGCUAUGCAAAAACCCUCGGCCAAAUCCAGAUAUUAAAACACUUUUUGUUGAUCAUUCAUGUGGGCAACCAAAUGGUGCACUUGCUCCAUCACCAGUGAACAAUUCACUGCUUGGAUCCAUGCCCAAAGCAGGAGGAUUUCCUCCAUUGGGUGCUCAUGGGCCUUUUCAACCUGCGCCAGCACCAGUUCCUAUGCCCCUGGCUGGCUGGAUGUCUAACCCUUCAGCUGUAACCCAUCCAGCUGUUUCUGGUGGAGCUAUUGGACUGAAUGCACCUACAAAUCCUGUUGCAAUUUUGAAGCAUCCAAGGACUCCUCCAACGGCGAACCCUGGUAUAGAGUAUGCAUCUGCAGAUUCUGACCAUGUAUCUAAAAGAACAAGACCCAUUGGGAUUUCUGAUGAGGUAAAUCUGCCCGUGAAUAUACUUCCAGUUUCCUAUCCUCAGAGCCACAACCAGGCUACAUACACCCUGGAGGACUUGCCAAAAACAGUUGCACGAACCCUGAGCCAAGGCUCGAAUCCCAUGAGCAUGGAUUUUCAUCCAGUUCAGCAGACUAUUCUUCUCGUUGGAACAAAUGUGGGUGACAUUGCAUUAUGGGAUGUCGGCACUAGGGAGAGAUUAAUUCUUAAGAACUUCAAGGUUUGGGAACUUGGAUCUUGCUCCAUGUCCCUUCAGGCUUCUUUGGUUAAGGAUCCUGCUGUAUCAGUUAAUCGCAUAAUAUGGAGCCCAGAUGGCUCCUUGUUUGGUGUUGCUUAUUCAAGGCACAUUGUCCAAAUAUAUUCUUAUCAUGGUGGCGAUGAUAUCAGGCAGCACCUGGAGAUUGAGGCUCAUGUUGGUGGUGUUAAUGAUAUUGCAUUUGCUUAUCCGAGUAAGCAGCUUUCUGUAAUAACAUGUGGCGAUGACAAGACAAUUAAGGUGUGGGACGCAACUAGUGGCACAAAGCAGUACACCUUUGAAGGGCAUGAGGCACCUGUUUAUUCUGUUUGCCCACAUCACAAGGAAAACAUCCAGUUCAUCUUUUCAACAGCAUUAGAUGGGAAAAUAAAGGCAUGGUUGUAUGACAAUUUGGGAUCCAGGGUGGAUUAUGAUGCCCCAGGACACUGGUGUACUACAAUGGCUUACAGUGCUGAUGGUUCAAGACUUUUUUCAUGUGGGACCAGUAAAGAAGGGGAAACAUUCAUUGUGGAGUGGAAUGAAAGUGAAGGAGCUGUGAAGAGAACAUAUCAAGGAUUUCGAAAACGUUCUCUGGGUGUUGUGCAAUUUGAUACCACACGGAACCGGUUUUUGGCUGCUGGUGAUGAGUUUCUGAUAAAGUUCUGGGAUAUGGACAAUACUAAUAUACUAACUACUGUUGAUGCUGAUGGUGGCCUACCGGCAAGUCCAAGGAUUCGGUUCAACAAGGAAGGAACACUAUUGGCCAUUUCUACGCAUGAUAAUGGAAUUAAAAUUUUGGCAAAUACUGAUGGACUUCGUCUGUUGCGCACACUUGAAAAUCGUUCUUUUGAUGCCUCUAGGACUGUUUCAGAAACAGUGACAAAGCCUGUGAUAAGCCCAUUGUCUGCUGCUGCUUCUGCUGCAACAAGUUCUGGAAUAAUUACUCCACCGAUGGCAAUUGCUGGAAUGAAUGGAGAUAGCAGAAACUUGGUGGAUGCAAAACCUAGAAUUACUGAUGAAUCAAUGGACAAAUCAAAGAUCUGGAAGCUCACUGAAGUCAAUGAACCAACUCAAUGUCGAUCUUUAAGGCUCGUGGAUAAUCUUAGAACAAGCAAGAUUUCAAGAUUGAUUUACACCAACUCUGGAAUUGCAAUCUUGGCUUUAGCAUCAAAUGCCAUUCACCUACUCUGGAAGUGGCCUCGUAAUGAACGCAAUUCGAGUGGAAAGGCAACAGCAAGUGUUGCCCCUCAACUGUGGCAACCACCAAGUGGCAUAUUGAUGACUAAUGAGAUAACUGACACAAAUCCUGAAGAAGCAGUCCACUGCUUUGCAUUGUCAAAGAACGAUUCUUAUGUUAUGUCAGCAUCAGGAGGGAAAAUAUCUCUAUUCAAUAUGAUGACAUUUAAGACUAUGACGACAUUCAUGGCGCCUCCACCUGCAGCAACUUUUCUUGCAUUUCAUCCACAAGACAAUAAUAUAAUUGCUAUAGGAAUGGAAGAUUCUACAAUUCAGAUAUAUAAUGUCCGAGUUGAUGAGGUCAAGAGCAAACUUAGAGGCCACUCAAAGAGAAUUACUGGUCUUGCUUUUUCAAAUGUCUUAAAUGUGCUGGUCUCAUCUGGAGCUGAUGCUCAGCUUUGUUUGUGGGGAACUGAUGGGUGGGAGAAACACAGAAGCAGAUUUCUGCAAAUUCCCCCUGGGCGUACUCCAGCAGCCAUCUCAGAUACACGAGUUCAGUUCCAUCAAGAUCAGAUACACUUCCUAGCUGUGCAUGAGACCCAGAUUGCUUUGUAUGAAACUACUAAACUAGAAUGUGUGAAACAGUGGGCUCCUCGUGAAGGUUCUGCACCCAUUUCACAUGCAACAUUUUCUUGUGACAGUCAGUUGAUAUAUGCUAGUUUCUUAGAUGCCACCAUAUGUGUAUUCAAUGCCACAAACUUCAGGCUGCGAUGUCGGAUCCUUCCAGCUGCUUAUCUCCCUGCCAGUGUCAGCACAACUUUGUACCCUCUUGUGAUUGCUGCACAUCCAUCAGAACCAAACCAGUUUGCCUUGGGUCUGACAGAUGGUGGUGUACAUGUACUAGAGCCGUUAGAAUCUGAAGGAAAAUGGGGUGUUAACCCACCUACGGACAAUGGAUCGGCAAGCAGCAUCUCCGCACCGCUCCCUGCUGGAGCCUCUAAUUCAGAUCAACCACAGAGGUGAUGCAAAUAAUUGCAUCACAGUAUUUAACCCUUUCACUCUCUCUGUCAUAACCUUAAUUGUUGGUUGGCUAACUGAGGUAUGCAGCAGAAUCUGCAUUAUUAUCAAUUUCUCACAACAAUAACUGGUGUUGAUCUUUAAAUCGGUUGUCUCUGUUUACAUCAGACUUAACUAUA